AUGGCUAUUCAUGGCAGAGAUCCAAAAACCACUAAUGAACUGAUCACUAUUCUAACCGAGAUAGAAUCCACAUCUUUAUGUGAAAAUGUUCGCUCAAAACCUCUCAUCAUUCCAGUCUCAACAGACACUUUCCCUCCCGGAGCUAGAAAUAAUAAUCAUAACAAUCAACAUUAUGUAUCAAACAAUCCCCGUACGAAACCCAUUCACAGUUUCCAAGAUAAUCAAAAUCAUGAUAGUUAUACUGGUAUCAAUAAUUUUAGACGCCCUAGUCAGUGUAGGCAAAGUCCCCCUAGGAACCACUACCCUAAUUUUGAACCUAACACUCGGGUACCCAUAAAUUGUCUGCGAACCGACCCCAUGGUAGAUGAAAUCAAAUGCCACUUGCAAAUCUUGAAACACAUUGUAAGUAAUCGGCAUGUGGAUCACAAAUUAGAUAGGCUUGUCCAGAUACUUAAAAGAAAUUCGUCCUCUCACUGACCCAAAAACUUGCCCUAUUACGCGUUAGUUAAUAACAUCUUAAUAACAUUGACGUUCACAGUCUUUUACCAAAUGGCUAAAAUAUGUUCCAUGACAAUAUGCCAGUUCCUUAAUACAGGUAUACAAUCAACACGUUGGUCAUGUAGGUACUUAGAAGUGUAUUUUCGCAAUAAAAAAAAUUUGCAUUUUUCCCCUCAGUAUAUAAAAGAACAUGAAAAAUAGUACGCUGUUGCAACCUUUGCUAAGGAACGAAGUUUCUUACUAUUCGAGUUGAAGGCGCUAUGUAAAAUAUUUUGUCCAUUGAGCCCUUCCAAAAUUUAUUUGGCCCAUUGCCCACGGCGUGGUAUGGUAAUAAAUAUAUUUUUGUUGUCCUCGAUAGUUUUACUAGAUUUGUGCGACUAUCCCAUUAAGAAAGCAACUGCUUUAAUAGUAACUAAUCGCAUGAUCGAUCAAUUUGUAAAAGUCCACGGAAAGCCCACCACCAUCGUCUCCGAUCAUGGAGUACAAUUCAUCAGCCACAUUUGGCAAAGUCGACUGACCGAGUCAGAUAUUCAAGUAUCAACCACCAGUGUAUAUCACCCCCAAAGCAAUCCAUCCGAAAAAGUAAUACGGGAACUUGGUAGACUUCCGUACAUACUGUCAUGA